AUGAGCUAUACAACGUUCUGGAAGCGGCUCUCGCCGCGGCAGCUAAAUGUGGCCAUCCAGGCCUUCUCGCUUAUCUCUAUAUUCUUCGAAGGAUAUGACCAGGGCGUCAUGGGAGGUGUCAAUUCCGCGCCCAGGUACGUGACCGAGGUCGGCAUUGGGAAGUCAGAUGGAACCGUGACGGAUACCACACACCAGGGCGGUAUUGUCAGUGUCUACUACCUAGGUGCCAUCUUCGGCUGCUUUGCUGGAGGGUGGUUGGCAGAUCGAUUUGGUCGGAUCAAUGGCCUGCUGGCGGGAGCAUUGUUUGCCUUGGUGGGCGGCGCAUUACAGGCAGCUGCUCAGAAUUCAAACUUCAUGAUUUGUGCUCGAGUGUUGACGGGAAUUGGCACUGGAGCCUUGACUGGAAUCACUCCUGUCCUGGUAUCGGAAACAUCUUCUGCAGAUCACCGCGGCGGGUUUCUGGGAUACGUCUUUAUUGCAAACUAUCUCGGGAUAUCAGUCGCAUACUGGAUAUCUUUCGGCCUCGCCUUCAUCGAUAACGGAUACUCGGACGUGCGAUGGCGAUUCCUACUCGCCUUCCAAUGUUUCCCAGCCUUACUUCUUGCCUGCUUUAUCAAGAUGCUACCGGAUAGUCCUCGGUAUCUUGCUUCAGUUGGUCGGAAAGAAGAGGCGUAUGACCUAUUAAAGCGUAUUCGCAAGCACAGAGCCAGCUCAGAGGAGGUUGACCGGGAAUAUUUGGAGAUUGUUACCUUGGCAGAGGAAAGUCAACUCAGCUCACCUAUCCAAUUUGUCAAAAUAUUGCUCGGGAAGGCUGGGAAACGGCAUCCGAAUUUGGGCAGGCGAGCUUGGCUAUGUAUAUGGCUUCAGAUCAUGGCCUCUUGGACAGGUAUUACGGCUGUCACUGCAUAUUCUCCAGUCCUCUUGCACCAGGCUGGAUAUAGCACUAUCACACAAAACGGCCUAGCUGGGGGGCUCAACACGGUUGGCAUUGUUGGUACAAUUAUAAGUGCCCAGAUCGUCGAUCGUCUAGGUCGCCGUGUUUGUCUCAUGGGUGGAGCAGCAAUGCUAUUUGCUGUCAAUCUUAUUGCUGGAGCUGUCUACGAGGGUUCAUUGCAGAAUCCCAGUAAUGCUGCUCAUUAUGCUCCUGCGGCCGUUACCAUGUUGUUCUUGUUCAAUAUCGGCUACGCUGCUACCUGGGGUACAGUCGCGUUUUUGGUGCCUACAGAGAUCUUUCCCUCUGACUUGCGUGCCCAAGGUAAUGGCUUUGGCAUCACUGGGUGGGCAAUCGGUGUGGGCAUGACUACUUUGGUUAAUCCGAUUAUGUUCGACACUAUGAAGAGCCGCACCUACUUCCUCUUCGCCGGCCUUAAUUUAAUUUGGAUCCCCACCGUUUACCUCUUCUACCCUGAAACCCGCGGGCGCUCCCUGGAAUCGAUUGAAGCACUCUUUUCCACCCCGAGUCCCUUCUUUUGGAAAAUGGAGCAGGCAUAUGCUCUUCACGGUGAUGUCUUGGUGGAACGCGGAGUCAGUAAGAGCGAUGUUCUCGAUGUUACCAAUAACUAG